AUGUGCUAUUUCCAAUUCAUCCGUAGAGAAGACUAUGUUAUGGACAUUGAUGAUUCGGGGAUCAAUACUGAGGAUUAUGAAAGUUUCAUUUCUGGUGAGGACUUCCAAAGCCUCACGGAUGGUGAGAUGGACGACUUGAACACGUUAAAUGAGGAUACAGUCAGCUCUGGCAGUAGGGACAUCCAAGAAGAUGCUGGCCUAAGCAGUGUUAUCUCCACAAAUUUGAGCCUGAGAGCGAAAGACGGUGUAGGAUGCCACUACACACGCAUCUCACCAAUUUUAUUGCCUUCUCCUCCACCCACCAUCACCGCCACAGCUGGAUCCAGUGGUAGAGGAACCAUGUUAGCUACCCUAUUCAUGGCCCUCCUCCUUCCCUGCGUUGGCAUGUGCAUUGUCUUCCUUAUCUACCUCUUGUUCUUGUGGUGCUCUACACGACGCCGUAUUGAACUUCUUAGAUUUGCUGAACCGGUGAAGCCGGUCAUCGGUAAAGGUCUCUCUGUCUUGGAGCUCGAGCAACUCCCAAAACUCACUGGAAAAGAGCUUGCCUUAGCGGCGAGGUCGACGGAGUGCGCCGUUUGCCUUGAAGAUAUCGAGAUUUGCCAAUCGGCCCGUCUGGUUCCCGGUUGCAACCAUGGGUUUCACCAAUUAUGUGCUGACACGUGGCUCUCUAACCACACGGUGUGUCCUGUAUGUCGUAGCGAUCUUGCUCCAAAGUUUCCUCAACUUAGUGACAAUCAUAGUCCAUGUUAA